AUGGCACAGCCGACCUCUCCAGAGCUCGUAGCAGAGCCGAAGCAACCUUUGGGUAUUGAGCACAAUGUCACUCAAGCGCCUGAACAAGGGUUCAAGGGCAGUGAAGAUGAAGCUUCCAUACCCGAAGGUGUUGAACAGGUUGAAGCAAUUACUAAAUUAUGGACCAAACAGAUGUUAUGGACGACAUUUGCCCUGAUCUGGUUUCUGUGCUUCGUGGUAGAUAUGCUUUCGUCCGUCCAAGACGCUCUUUCUCCGUACAUCACGUCCUUCUUCUCGAAACACGGCUUACUCGCCAACAUCAACAUACCUUCGCGAAUCAUCGCGGGCGUCGUAUUGCUUCCCGUGAGCAAGAUCAUUGAUCUUCGCGGCCGUACCGAAGGUUUCAUUGGUUCUAUUGUACUCAUUGUCUUGGGUAUGGUAAUGAAGGCAGCUUGCCAGAAUGUGGAGACCUACGUUGCUGCUCAAGUAUUUUACUGGGUUGGAAAGGCAGCGCUUGGCUUCGUCCUAGAGGUCUUCGUCGCUGAUAUCACCACUCUGAGGAACAGAAUGAUCAUGUUAACUCUCAAUGGCACUCCAGUUUUGGCUUCUACCUUUGCAGGUCCGCAAAUAGCCCAACUGUUCUACACAUACUCAAACUUCAGAUGGGCCUUCGGAGCAUGGUCGAUCAUCCUCAUUGGCUCCUCUAUCCCUGUGAUCUGCAUCCUCUUCUUUCAGGAACGCAAGGCGCAGAAAGCUGGAAUAGUCCUGGUUGGCAUGACACUUAUUGCGGCUGGAUUCAUCCUGUUCCUCCUUCCAUUCAGCCUAGUAGCGUAUUCAACAGCCGGAUGGGAAAGCCCUCACAUCAUCGUCAUGAUCAUAUUGGGUCUGGCUUGCCUGGCCGCAUUUCUGGUUUGGGAGAAAUAUUUCACGCCGAUCAAUUUCUUCCCAUUCGAGGUCUUGAAGGAUAGAACAGUCAUGAACGCGGCACUGACACAUGCCCUCAUGUUCAUGACGAUAUUUAUUUGGAACGCUUACUACAGCUCAUAUCUCCAGGUGGUCCAUGGCUUGAGCAUUAGAGAUUCUAACUAUGUACUCAACGGCCUUGCACUGACUUCGUACUUUAUUGGACCAUUCGUUGGGCUAUAUAUCCGCUACACUGGCCAUGUCAAGUACCCAGCGUUGGCAGCCAUCCCCAUCUAUCUGCUUGGAACAGCCCUUAUCGCAUACUUCAGGACACCAUCGGCUUAUGUGGGCUACAUUACAAUGUGUCAGGUACUUGUGGGACUUGGCAGUGCAUUGCUCACGGACACUUCAAGACUUGCUGUCAUGGCGGCAGUCAAGCAUAAAGACGUCGCUUUGUCCCUUGUGAUCCAUAACUUGUUCACUGCUAUUGGAUCUGCCAUAGGUUUUGCCAUUGCUGGAGGCAUGUGGACAAACAUGCUUCCAUACAAACUUGCCGAGUAUCUCCCUGAGGACAGCAAGUCCGACGCAUUCAAGAUAUUUGGAGACAUCACACUGCAGAUGCAGUACCCAAUUGGGCACCCCAUACGUGAUGGUGUCAUUGCUGCCUAUGGCGACGUUGGUAGGAAAAUGGUCAUCGUCGGUUCUGCCCUUACGCCUUUGAUGAUCAUUACUGUACUUCUAUGGCGAAACAUCAAUGUCAAGGAUAUGGAGGCAAAAGAGAGGGAAGAGCGUGGCAACGUGUUCUAA